GUGACUGCAUCCGCUUGUUGACCGAAGCUGAUACCGUGGUCAAGUCCCGAAAUUCACCUGGCGUCACAUGCCCGCCGCUUUGCCCGCUUCCCCGCAGCUGCUGCCUCUCGCAGACGACGAGGAGGGCGGGGAGGACGAGAGCAAGCAGAGCACGUCCCGUCAAGGUGCGGGGGGGGGGAAAGACUCGGAGAGUGAGUCUGAUUCCGACCUCGACGUGACGGAGGCUGGGCGAGCGACGCUGCCGGUGCAAGAGAAGGCGCCGGCGGCACCCGGCAACGGGACCGGGGACGCUGGUUCGGGCGUCCCCCUGUCGCCUCCUUCGGGAGGAGGCGACUUCGAUGGAAGCAGCAGCGGCAGCAGCAGUAGCAGCGACCGCAGCAGCAGCAGCAGCAGCACCAGCAACGCCCCCGGCGACGACGACGGCGGCGGCGCCAGCGGCAGUGAGCCCGGCGCCUCUGGAGAUGGCGGUGGCGGCGGCAGCGAACCCGGCGAAGACUCCGAGCAACUCGAGGAGUACAAGUUUGAUCCCGCCGACAGCCGCUACCCGCCGGGUCGCGAAGGGCGUCGGCUCCUCUGGGGCGCCUUGAAGGGNUCUGGAGAUGGCGGUGGCGGCGGCAGCGAACCCGGCGAAGACUCCGAGCAACUCGAGGAGUACAAGUUUGAUCCCGCCGACAGCCGCUACCCGCCGGGCCGCGAAGGGCGUCGGCUCCUCUGGGGCGCCUCGAAGGAAGGACCGCUGCGCCACGGGCUCGAGCGCGGCCGCACACGAAGGGAGACCCGGGAGCUGCAAGGCCCCGAGGAGCCGCCGGGUCCAGACGCCGAGCCAGACGCCGAGCAAGCGCUGCUGGCGGAGAUCAUCGUGGACUACGUUUCCAACUCGCUGGUGCGGGAGCGGUACGACGAGGAGCAGGUCAACAUCGAGUACCGGCGUGAGAUGCAUGAGCUGCCGUACGGCACCGAGCUGCAGGAGGAGGCGUUCGGUGCAGAGGCAGGGGACGACGGGUCAUCGCCACCUCUUCAUGACCCGAAGCUAUGUAUCCCCUCGCCCUUCGGCCAGAAGCCAAGUGAUGUAGAGUGCGUGCCCUUGACGUACAAGGAUGUCCUUAACUCCAAGAGGCCUGUCCACUGGGACAUCAAGCAGGCGUACACACACGCCAAGCUGAAGGAAGAAAUCUACCUGAGGCUUCCAGACGGUUGUGGUGUUUGGACUGGCAAGGCGGUGAAAGUCGAGCGUGCUCUGUAUGGACUCAAGCAGAGUGGGCGCGAGUGGGGGUUUGAGGCUGCCGAUGCCCUGAUCUCAAACGGCUACGAGCAGUGCAGGGUGGACCCCUGCAUUUUCCGCAAGGUGGUUGACGGAGAAGUCGUAGGUCUCAUCGUGAUCUACGUGGAUGACAUCAUGUUGUCCGCGACCGAGGAGGAGCGUGAAGAGUUGCUAGCGUCUCUCCAGAAGAGAUUCCCUGUGAAGGAUCUAGGAGAUUGUACCUGGUACGAUGGGUGUGCCAUUGAGGUGGACCUUGAGAAUGGUACCACCAAGCUGUCCCAGACGGCUUAUAUCGAGAGCAUGCUCAACCGCUUCAAUGUCACGACCACUGCUCCCACGCCCGCUGUCGUCGACGAUGACCUAGGGCCGAAGAGAGACGACGAGUCCUCGGUGGACAAGCCCGUGAGGGAAGCGAUCGGAUGCCUGAUGUGGUUGCUGUUCACGAGGCCGGACAUCGCGCUGCCUUUGAACAAGCUGCAGAAGAUCGCCCACUCACCCACCGAGAGGAUGUGGAACGCGCUUGUGCGGAUCAUGUCCUACCUCAACGAGACGAAGGACCUCGGGAUCACCUACGUCCGCGGAUCAGGGCUAGACCUAGACGUGUUCGUCGAUUCUAGUUACGCCGACAGCACCGUUGACAGGCGUUCGACGACGGGGCUAGCCGUGACUGUAGGUGGGACCGUAGUGUGCGCAUCCACGAAGACACAGCCAGUGACGGCUCAGUCGACCACGGAGGCAGAGUAUAUUGCAGCCGGGGAGGGCGUGAAGGAAGCGUUGUUCGUGCGUGGUGUUCUGUCGUUCAUUGCGCCCGAGACGAGCGGUGCCACGAUCAGGGUCCGUGAGGACAACGAGGGGGCUCUCGCGUUGGUGCAGAACCCUUUCAGCUCGGCGAGGAGCAAGCAUAUCGACGUGCGGUUCCACUUCAUCCGCGAGCUCUUCAAGGCGGGCAAGAUCACCGCAGAUUAUGUCUCGACAGAAGAGCAGCACGCCGAUAUGCUGACCAAGGUCCUUGGUAGGGGCAAGUUGGAGUACCACCGGAAGGCUCUGAUGAACCUGCCGAUGUAG